GACUGCGAAUGGCGGGAAGACCGCACGAACGCUGGGACAGCCAACUCGAGUACUUGCUCUCAUGUCUCGGGUACGCCGUCGGUAUCGGGAACCUCUGGAGGUUUCCGUAUCUAUGUUAUAGAAAUGGAGGAGGCGCAUUCCUUAUUCCAUAUUUACUGACUCUCGUGACAUGUGGCAUUCCGCUCGUUUAUUUAGAGACAUUUCUGGGGCAAUUUGCGAGUGCAGGAUGCAUUUCAGUUUUCAACAUAAAUCCCCUGUUCAAAGGAGCAGGCUACGCUGCAGUAAUAUUGAACGUAAUAGCUAUAACAUAUUUUGCAUCGAUUAUGUCUUACCCAAUAUUAUACAUAUACCAUUCAUUCAGUUCACCUCUACCUUGGCAGAGCUGUGGUAACUAUUGGAAUACCGAGAAAUGUGUGGAGAUCACUGGAAAUUAUACUUUCAUAGGAAAUGGAUCCGUUACUACGCCUGAGAAUGAAUUCUUUCAUAUACGUCUUUUGCGUAUGUCAUCCGAUAUCACACACAUUGGUGGUAUAGUUUGGCCAAUAUUUUGGUGUAACGUAAUCUGCUGGAUACUAGUAUACCUUUGUAUUUGUAAUGGAGUUAAAAGCGUAGGAAAGAUCGUGUACUUCACUGUUUUGUUUCCAUAUGUCGUACUAUGCGCUUUAUUCAUUCGUGGAAUUACGUUACCAGGCGCUUGGCAAGGCAUACAGUACUUCAUUCUUCCAGAUUGGAACCAAUUGACGAAACCGAAGGUUUGGGCUGAUGCAGCUACUCAGAUUUUCUACUCCCUCGGUCCCGGUUGGGGCGGACUCGUCAGCAUGGCGAGCUUUAACAGAUUUCACUAUGACAAUCUACGGUCUUCUAUCAUAAUUCCACUCGUGAAUAGCGGGACUAGUAUCUGGGCGGGAUUGGUCGUAUUUUCUGUUCUUGGGUUUGCCGCAGAACGUGCAGGAGUCCCAGUAGGGAACGUGGCCUCCGCUGGCCCUGGACUGGCAUUCGUCACAUAUCCCACGGCUGUGUCCAUGAUGCCAGCACCUAACUUCUGGGCUAUAACAUUCUUUGUUAUGCUUUUUUUUCUUGGUGUUGACACUAUGUUCGUUACAAUUGAAGCAAUUAUCGCCGGUGUCUUGGAUGAGUUUACACAGCUUCGUAAACGUAAGAGGCUUGUCACGUUCGUGACAUGUUUUAUCCUGUUCCUCCUCUCGAUCAUCUGUAACACUGAGGGCGGCUUACACGUUUUAGGUCUCCUCGACGCACAUGUAGCGAUAGCUUGUGUGCCUGUAGUGUGCGGUCUAGAGCUAAUAGGAGCAGUGUACACGUAUGGACCCAAGAGACUAGCCAUAGACGUAUUGUUUACGACUGGAAGGCCAUUAAAACCUAUCUGGAUUGUUUUAUGGAGAUACAUAAUACCAGUGUUGCUUCUGAUAAUAACAACAUACUCGCUACGAGACGCUGCGGGGCUGGCGGGUUGGAGCGUAGCGAUGAUCUCCGUAAUCUGCGUACCGAUACAUGGAGCUAGAGUACUCUUUAAGGCAAAAGGAUCCCUCAAACAGAGAUUAGUCGAAAGCUGUAAGCCGAGUAGUGAUUGGGGACCGAACGAGCCUGAGAUAAGAGAGCGAUGGAUAAACUUUCAAAAUCAAAACUCCCUUCCUACAAAUUCAAUAGAACUUAAAAAAUAACAAAAAUAAAGAAAUAAUAUAUUAUAACAUGUAUUUUUUUUUUUUUCAUUUAAAUACAUUCGAAUGAAAGUGUGCUUAGUUGUUGUUAAAAUUCGUAUGUUGUACACAAUAAUUAUUAUACUUGAAUAUAAUAAGAAAAUAGUAAUUAAAUCUUGCUAGAGUCUGAAAAUA